GUUGAGAGGCACAGAAGGAGGCAUUUGUACUGCGACCAUCACCCUGGAGCCUGGGAAUAUACAAGACAUCAGACGAAAGUUCGAUAAAUGCAGGAGACAUUGUUCUGUCUCAGAGUUGGACGCCUUCCCCCCUGCUCCAUGUCAGAUUCCAACGCAACCCACUUCACCAACCCCUCCACCUUCAUCCUGCUGGGCGUUCCUGGCUGGGAGUCAGCCCAUGUCUGGAUCUCCAUCCCCUUCUGCACUAUGUACACCAUUGCCGUCUUGGGGAACUUCACCAUCCUGUUCGUUGUGAAGCGGGAGAUGAGCCUCCAUGGGCCCAUGUACUAUUUCCUCUGCAUGCUGGCUGUCAGCGACCUGAUCCUGUCCACCUCCAUUGUGCCCAAAACACUGAGCAUCUUCUGGUUCAAUUCCCGGGAGAUUGACUUCAAUGCCUGCCUCACCCAGAUGUAUUUCAUUCACACCUUCUUGUCGAUAGAAUCUGGGAUUCUUGGUGCAAUGGCUUUGGAUCGCUAUGUGGCCAUCUGUGAUCCCCUGAGACAUUCCACCAUCCUGACAGACCCUAUGGUGGCCAAGAUUGGCCUGGCCGUGAUCGGGCGGUGCACUGUGCUUGUACUGCCUACUCCCUUCCUGGCGAGGCAGUGGCCGUAUUGCAGAACUAACAUCAUCACCCACACGCACUGCGAGCACAUGGCCGUGGUGAAGCUGGCCUGUGCCGACACCCGCAUCAGUAAUUACUAUGGCCUUUCUGUGGUAUUCUUAGUUACUGGGGUGGAUGCCAUUAUUAUCACUGUGUCCUACACCCAGAUCCUCAGGGCCAUCUUCAGUCUUCCCACAAAGGAGACUCAGCUCAAGACGUUUGGGACGUGUGGCUCCCACCUCUGUGUCAUAUUAGUCUUUUACAUCCCGGGUCUCUUCUCCUUCCUCACGCACAGGCUUGGCCACAAUUUGGCCCUGCAUUUCGAAGUUCUCAUUGCCAAUGUGUACCUCUUGGUGCCCCCCAUGCUAAACCCCAUCAUCUAUGGGGUGAGGACCAGACAGAUCCGGGAAAGGCUGCUCACACUCUUUACUCAGAAAGGGGCCUAA